AUGUGCCCGGAUGGAAGACGAGGGGGCGGGGGAGGGCGGGGAGGAGGGAGUGGGUCGUGGCGGCGAGAAAGACGAGGCGGCCGGCGGCGGCGACGGAUUGCACGGGGAGGGAGCGGGAGAGGAAUCCCGGGUGGGAGAGGAGGAGGUGGCGGAACUGGGGAUGGUGAGGGACGGGCCGCCAGGCGGCGGCGACAGGGUCGAAGGUCUGGAGCUCGACGGCGGCGGGAGAGGAGGCGCAGGAGAGGAGGGCGUAGAGGGAGAGGAAAGGAGGGAAGGAAGGGGAGUAGAGGAGCCGGCGCCAGGACCGGCAGACGGCGAAGAGGACGCGAGGGGGCAGCCGGGUGA